AUGGGAGAUCAUACAAUUAAAAGUCAGCGACCUCGAUCUGUCCAUGAGAAAAGGGUCCCUCAGGAGCAAGCUGAUGCUGCUAAAUUUAUGGCACAAACUGGUGAAUCUGGUGUGGAAGAGUGGUCCCAGUGGAGCACAUGCUCAGUUACUUGUGGUCAAGGGUCGCAGGUGCGAACCAGAACUUGUGUAUCACCUUACGGGACACACUGCAGCGGCCCAUUAAGAGAAUCAAGGGUUUGCAAUAACACUGCCCUCUGUCCAGUCCAUGGAGUCUGGGAGGAAUGGUCCCCUUGGAGCUUGUGUUCCUUCACAUGUGGCCGAGGCCAAAGAACGCGAACCAGGUCAUGCACACCUCCCCAGUACGGAGGACGGCCCUGUGAGGGACCCGAGACUCAUCACAAGCCUUGUAAUAUUGCCCUCUGUCCAGUUGACGGACAGUGGCAGGAAUGGAGUUCAUGGAGCCACUGCUCAGUGACAUGUUCUAAUGGGACACAGCAGAGGAGCCGGCAGUGCACAGCAGCUGCCCACGGAGGCUCUGAGUGCAGAGGGCCAUGGGCCGAAAGCAGGGAGUGCUACAACCCUGAAUGUACAGCCAACGGUCAGUGGAAUCAGUGGGCUCACUGGAGUGGAUGUUCCAAGUCCUGUGAUGGCGGCUGGGAGAGGAGAAUGAGAACUUGUCAGGGAGCUACUGUAACAGGACAGCAGUGCGAAGGGACAGGUGAAGAGGUCCGAAGAUGCAGUGAGCAGCGGUGUCCAGCACCUUAUGAAAUAUGCCCAGAGGAUUAUCUUAUAUCAAUGGUGUGGAAAAGGACUCCUGCAGGCGAGCUGGCAUUCAAUCAAUGUCCACUGAAUGCCACAGGCACCACUAGCAGACGCUGCUCUCUCAGUCUUCAUGGAGUGGCCUCCUGGGAACAGCCGAGCUUUGCAAGAUGCAUAUCCAAUGAGUACAGACACUUGCAGCAUUCAAUUAAAGAGCACCUUGCGAAGGGGCAGCGGAUGCUGGCGGGUGAUGGAAUGUCCCAGGUCACCAAGACACUAUUGGAUUUAACCCAGAGGAAAAAUUUCUAUGCAGGUGACCUUCUGGUGUCUGUGGAAAUCCUGAGAAAUGUGACAGACACAUUUAAAAGGGCAAGUUACAUCCCUGCAUCUGAUGGUGUACAGAACUUCUUUCAAAUAGUUAGCAACCUUCUUGAUGAAGAAAACAAGGAGAAAUGGGAAGACGCACAGCAGAUUUAUCCAGGCUCAAUAGAGUUAAUGCAGGUGAUUGAAGACUUUAUACACAUUGUUGGAAUGGGGAUGAUGGACUUUCAAAAUUCAUACCUAAUGACUGGAAAUGUAGUUGCUAGCAUUCAGAAGCUUCCUGCUGCAUCUGUUCUAACUGACAUCAACUUCCCGAUGAAAGGCCGGAAAGGAAUGGUAGAUUGGGCAAGGAAUUCAGAAGAUCGUGUUGUGAUUCCAAAAAGCAUUUUCACUCCCGUGUCAUCAAAAGAAUUAGAUGAAUCAUCUGUUUUUGUUCUUGGAGCGGUCCUAUACAAAAACCUAGACCUAAUUUUGCCUACUUUGAGAAAUUACACUGUCGUCAAUUCUAAAAUCAUCGUGGUCACUAUCAGGCCUGAACCUAAAACAACUGACUCGUUUUUGGAGAUAGAGUUGGCUCACUUGGCAAAUGUUUCUUUGCUUUAUCUAAAGAGUGUAAGUGCUGGCGCCGUCCUUGUCAUUCUCCUGAAGAUUGUGACUUUGCACUACUGCACACGAGCAGAAUCUGCCAUUCUGGCAAAUUUCCCACACUGUGAAAAUAAGACAGUUAAACUGAUGCUUUAA